GUUAGAAUCUGUGUAUUUGAGCCGAACUUGGACCCACUUUGUCAACUUCACUGUACUUCUCCCUUGCGUCGACUCCUCAGCUAAUAGAUAGACAUGUCUGCCACAGAAGCCGCAACCGCACCCCCAGCUCGUCUCUAUUCGCCUUUGACGACAACGGCAUUUACGCUCAAAGACCAGCAACCUGCUGGAUCGCCUUGGAAUCCUCUCCAUUGGCCCCAUUGGUUCAACUACCAAAAGGCCCGUCUCGGUCUUCCCAACCCUGGCAGCUUUGAGCGCCUCCACAGAGAAGUGAAGGACACAUUCACCACCAACUACCUCUUCGAUGGAGCACAGGCCAACAUUGUUAAGGAGUUGUCUGGAAACUUUCAUGUUCAGCAUCAGUUCUCGCUCGGCUCCCAAGUGAUGCCACCAAUGUACAAUUUUAUGUCUGGUUAUAUGACCGAGAGAACUAUGGUACAAGGAACUAUGGAUAACGAUACCAACCUCAAUGCAGUUAUCCGUCAGAUGUGGUCUCCCCGCAUGGCCACCAAGAUUGUUGCUCAGCUCACCAACAUGCCUGGCCACUCGAUGCUCCAAGUCGAAAACGAUUACACCGGUUCUGAUUUCUCCUUGAACCUCAAAGCCAUGAACCCUAACCCUAUGGAGUUCACUGGUCUCUAUAUGGCUUCUUACCUUCAGUCAGUCACUAGUAACUUGGCAGUCGGAUCUGAAGUUGUUUUGCAGAGACCUACAGCUGAUAUGGAGGAGACCGCCAUGUCACUGGUAGCCAAGUACACCGGCUCUGAUUUUAUUGCAACUGCACAGCUCCAGGGCAUGGGCGCAAUACAAGCAAGCUACUACCAGCGUAUCAACGAGAAGGUUGAUUUUGGUGUUGAGCUUAACAUGAUGGUUCAGGGUCAGCGAAGAGAAGCUGUUGCAACAGUCGGCGGCAAGUUUGAUUUUAGACAGGCCACCUUUAGAGGUCAAAUCGACACCACCGGAAGAGUAUCAGCUGUAUUGGAGGAGAAGAUGGCACCCGGAUUCUCUUUCCUUGUCAGUGGUGAUUUGGAUCAUAUGAAGGGCCAGAGCAAGUUUGGCGUUGGUAUCAUGUUGUCUGCUUAGAUUAUCUCUCAAGUGUUUAUGUAGCGUGUCUUGUACAAUAUAUAUAAAACUAAAAAAACAGUUCCAGACACUGCAUC